GCUGGGUACCGACCCGAGUGCCAAAGACUUCGGGAGGAGCCCAAAUAUAUUGAAGCACGUGAGCAUCACGUGAGAAGGCAAGAACCGAUCAUCUCGUUAACUCGCCCUAAAACAUCGGCUGGGGCGAUCAUCUCGUUUCCUCGGAUCGCCAUCGCCGAUUUUUCACCAACCACCGUCAAACACCGUCAACAACCACAAUAAUCACCAGGGGAAAAACCUCUCUUGCUUAGUCUAAAGUUAUGGUUAGAGGAAGAGAUUCAUGUUGGGAACAUUGUGUCCUUGUUGAUGCAACUAGACAGAAGGUAAGAUGUAACUAUUGCCGGCGGGAGUUCAGUGGAGGAGUUUACAGAAUGAAGUUUCAUUUGGCUCAAAUAAAAAACAAAGACAUAGUUCCAUGUGCUGAAGUCCCGAACGAGGUGAGAGAUCACAUUAGAAGCAUUUUAAACACUCCGAAGAAACAGAAAAAUCCUAAGAAACCAAAGCUGGAUCAAGCUGCCAAUGAUCAGCAAAGAAGCUCUUCAGCUAGUGGUGGACUCCAUCCUCUUCGUGGAUUUAGUGGAGAGAACGGUAGCCCUUGUCCUUCUAUUAUGUUUGCGCGCCAUUCUCCGAGUUCACAGCCAGCAGUUGAUGAUGCUCAAAAGCAAAAACAGGACAAUGCUGAUAAGAAUAUUGCUGCGUUUUUCUACCACAAUGCAAUACCUUUUACAGCCGCAAAGUCCUUGUACUAUCAGGAAAUGGUGGACGCGAUUCUUGAGUGCGAAGUAGGGUCCAUGUGCUGAAACAUUGGGCGGUAAUCUUUUGGAAAAAGUCAAAGUCGAUAUUAACGACAGUUACAAGAGAUUAAAGGAUGAAUGGAAAGAAACGGGCUGUACAAUCUUGUGUGAUUGCUGGUCCGAUGGAAAGGCUAAAUCCCUUGUGGUACUUUCUGUGGCAUGUGCCAAAGGGACAUUGUUCCUUAGGUCCGUUGACGUAUCUGAUCAUGCAGAUGAUCCUCAUUAUUUAUUUGGGUUGCUUGAAUCAGUUGUUCUGGAAAUUGGCAUGAAUAAUGUUGUCCAAGUUAUUACCGAUAGUUCUGCUAGUUACAUAUAUGCGGGAAGGCUUCUCUCAGACAAGUACCCUUCGGUUUUCUGGUCUCCGUGCGCUUCGCAUUGUAUCAAUAAAAUGUUGGAGGAUUUUAGCAAACAUGAGUGGGUGAAUAUUGUUCUUGACGAGGCAAAUACAAUCUUAAAAUACAUAUACGGUAAUGACUGGAUUCUAAAUAUGAUGAGAAAAUUUUCAGUCAGAGAGGAGUUCGUUCGAGCAAGAAUUAUAAAAAAUGCGGCUCAUUUCUUUUCCUUAAGGGCCCUUGCGAUCCAAGAGGAUAAUUUAAAGCACAUGUUUUCUCGUGCCGAAUGGUUGUCAUCUAUGAAUAGUAGGCACCCCGAUGUCCAGGCCAUAAAGUCAUUUUUGUGCCUUGAAAGAUUCUGGAGAUCCGCACGUGAAGCUGUCGCGGUGUCCGAACUGUUACUUAAGCUGUUAAGGAUCAUGGAUGGAGACAUGCCUGCUAUGGCAUAUAUGUAUGACAGAGUGGAAAGAGCAAAGAUGUCCAUCAAAGCAUUCUACAAGGAUGUUGAUGAAAACUAUGCGCCGAUUUGGGAUAUAAUUGACAGGAGAUGGAGCAUGCUUCUUCAAUCCCCAUUACAUGCAGCAGCAGCAUUCCUUAAUCCUUCCAUUUUCUACAACCCAAACUUUAAGAUUGAUUCAAGGAUCAGGAAUGGUUUUCAAGAAGCCAUGACGAAAAUGGCGUCCGAGGAUAAAGAUAUAUAUAAUUUGACUUACUAAGCCAAUCAAUUUUGACGAAAUAGAUGUCGGCGCUGAAUGGCCUACUGAAGCUGAUGUUGCAUGCACUUUCUUGGAUGAUUCCUGGUUGCACACUCCACCCAUUGAAGUCAGAGAUUAGUCAGAUUCUUGCAUUUCCCUCAGUUGCUGCUGAGUUCACCAUGAAAAUCAUUGUCACUCAAAUCGAUGAACUGAAGCUCUGG